AUGAACUCAAACAACACACCACCCAUCAACAGACUCAAACACCUACUCAUCAACAAACUAGAACCACUCUCAAGCACCCUCAACAUCCACCCAAAAACACAGCAACAACAACAACAACAACAACAACAACAACAACAGCAACAACAGCAACAACAGCAAAACUCAUUCUCAUCAACAAACAACCAACAAUCACCAUCUUCUCAAUCAGAAUCAGAACCAGAAGAAUCACAACCACCAACAUGCUUCUGGGACGAACUGCUACCCGAUGACUCCUCACUCGAUCCCAAUAACACCACCACUCUCUCAGAAGGAGAACCAGAAGAAGGAAAGACGGUCUUAGUCAGGAUGACCGACUACUCAACCGCCUGCAGAUACCUUGCCGCACAGUGCAUGAUCAGGCAGGGCAAAUGGGACGCAGCCCUCGAGAUGGUAGGCGAGGAGAACCCGUUCAGAAGCCCCCUGUCUGGCCAACAAGAACACGACGACGACGACGACGACGACGAACACCUCGACCUCUCCAUCCUCAACCCACCUUCAACCACCAUCCCACCAGAAAAACCUCCACCACCAGAAAAACAACAAGAUCCAACUGGAAAGAAGCCCAAUGAUCGGCACGCUCAGACCCGUGGGAGAGCGGCCGCGGCGGCCAUGGACGGCGGGAUCAAGUUCGAAUCCUCCCUCUGCUAUCUCCGUGGACUCAUCCAUCUCAACCAUAAAGCCCUCGAUCGCGCCAAACAGGCCUUCCUCGAAUCACUCGCCCUCGAUGUCAAAUGCUACGAAAGCUUUGAGGCCCUUGUGGGUGGCAACAUGUUAGAGCCCGAAGAAGAGUGGGAGUUCAUCCAGUCCCUCGAAUACCACUCACAAACCCCCGAAGACGCCCUCUUCAUCCGCUCCUUAUAUACCGUCCGGCUGAAGAAGUUCGAGCACAAGACCCACCUGUUCGAGUCCUUGAAGGUGCUCAAGAACCAGUACGGACUCAGCGACGAUCCCGACGUCGCGUUCGGCUUGGCCGAUUGGCUGUACACUAAUUAUCGGUUCAUCGAUGCUUAUCGAAAACUGAUGUUUGUUAUCGUAGGGAUUUUGAAGUUGCAUUAUCAUCAUCUGCCGACCCUUCCGUUACAUCUGAGCGCGAUGACGAUGAUCAAGAAGCUAUUACCGGCGCUUUUCCUAUUGGCCCACGAACUGAUCGACCGGGAGCCGUGCUCUCCGAUCUCUUGGUAUGCCGCUGGACUAUGGUAUUUCAGCCAGAAACGAUGGGAAGAAUCUCGCCGGUUUUUCUCGAAGGCGGCCCUGUUGGAUUCUAGGUUCCCGGAGGCUUGGUUCGCCUUCGGUCAUGCCUUGGCGUACGAAGGCGAACACGACCAAGCCAUCACCGCCUACUCGACCGCCUCCCACAACUUCCAAGGGUCUCAUUUACCGUUGCUGUUUAUCGGCAUGCAGCAUAUUCAAUUGGCCAAUCCGGUCCUCGCUAAUGAUUAUUUAUCGGCAGCCGCCGAGAUCUCGCCGUGCGAUCCACUAGUCAUGCACGAACGAGGGGUGGUGGCGUAUUACCAAGAACAAUGGGAGAGCGCGGUGGAUCUGUUCAAUCAGACUCUCACAUUGGUCCUCAAGGCCCAGACGGACCCGCUUAUCUGGGCCCCCACUUACCUCAACCUUGCCCAUUGUUAUCGGCGAUUAAAACGGUUUGCAGAGUCUCUGGAAGCAGCAGAGAAAGCAAAAGCGCUCCUCCCCCGAUCCGCGUCCGUUCUGUCCGCCCUAGGUAUGGCGCAUCUCGGCUUGGGCCAAAACUUGGAGGCGAUCAAAUAUUACCAUGAGUCGUUGGCUGUUUUACCAGCGGAUCCGAUGACGACCUGUCUUCUCCAAUUCUCACUCGACCUCGAAACCACCACCAACGCGACUACCUCGACGACACCAAGGACGAGGAUUCGGACGGGGGAAGAGGGGCCAGGGGAGGGAGAGGCUGGAGGCCCCGAGCUCGGCCUGGUCGCCCAGAUCGUCCCCCGCCAGAUCCGCCAGUCGUGGCUCGACGACUUCAGGCUCUUCGAUCAUAAGCUUGAGCAGCAGUAUGGCGACCAGGUCGAUGCUGCUGCUUUGCUGCACCCCCCAGGCUCUUGA